AUGCUACUGUACGUGAGUGAAAGCAUCGGGGGUGGUGCCGAAAGAGCAGUGCAAGCUCUCGAGAAUAAGUUUGGUUUUGAAAGGCUUCAAACUGAUGCGACAAUCUCAACGGUCGAGUCGACACACAUUCUAGAAUAUGCCACUACCAACUACACAAGAAAUAUGGUAUUUAAAGGAAAUUUAUCUCUGAAAGUACUGAGGAAAUUUGAAGUACGACCUUUUUUUAUCCAUAUAGCCCUGGAUUCCUCGUUGAGAGUUAAGAUAAAUGAGUGGGCCACCUAUGAAAAUGGUGGCACGACAGACCUGGAGAAGUAUCUCACUAUUUCAGAUGCUCAUCUUGAACAGUAUCCCGAACUGCCUGUCGUAUUGGCUCGAGCAGAUAUAAAGCUCUUCAUUCGAACUCCCGAAAUGUACAAAUUUGAUAUAUUGGCCAAAGAGUUGGGCCGACUUCUGACGCAAGCUUGCCAUGGACGUGACAUUACCGUGGCAUUCAACAAUACGACUCCACUCAGGCCAGAUUGGGAUUCAUAUUUCAUGAAGCUCGCCACGCUUGCUGCUUCCAGAUCUAAUUGCAUGAAGAGACGGGUGGGGUGUGUUAUUGUCCGUGAUUGCAGGGUCAUAGCCACCGGCUAUAAUGGUACCCCUCGCCAUCUGAAAAAUUGCCAUAGCGGUGGAUGCCCCCGCUGUAAUAGUGGUAAUAGUGCCCAUCUCAGCAGCUGCUUGUGUUUACACGCGGAGGAGAAUGCCCUUCUUGAGGCUGGCCGUGACAGGGUGGGUGCCAACGCAAUUUUGUACUGUGACACCUGUCCUUGUCUGACCUGCUCGGUAAAGAUCGUGCAAACUGGCAUUCGAGAAGUGGUGUACUCACAAAGUUACAGGAUGGAUGAAGAGAGUUUUAGGAUUCUGCAAGAGGGAGGCGUGUUAGUGCGCCAAUUCAGCUUUAUGGAAGACCCUCGCUUCAGCGUUCUGUGA